UUUAGUUGGUACGCGCUCGUCCCUCCCGGCUGCUCGUGCGCGCUCUCCUGUGUAUACGUCUGGUCGUCGUGUCGCCCGGUGAGCCUGACGAUGAUAAUGACGACGACGAUGAAGCCGACGGCGACGGGCACGCGGGGAGCCACGGCGCGAGGAGACACGCGGCGCCCCGACGACCGCCAGUGACGCGACCGGACCUCGUGUGUGCGCCGGUCGGCUCGGUUUUUUGCAUUUUUCUAAAUGGAUACUCUGUUUGCGCGACUCUCGACCGGCAGCAGGACGUACGCCUGAGGAGAUCGUGUGUGUGUGCGGAGGACGUCGCCGAUCCCCCCGUUCUUCUUAUCGCCGACGUUGCCCCGCGGGUGCACGAGUGUGAGAUUUUUGUAAAUUUGUAUCAAGUGCGCGCAGGAGAAAGAAAGAAAGAGAGAGAGAGAAAGGGGGAAGGAGAAAUCUGACGGGCGGGGGGGGGAUCUACAGAGACCGGUUGUGAUCGAUGAUUUCGUUGGUGCUCUCUUUGGUGUGUGCGCGUAACCGUCGCCGAUAGUCGGAGCAUCCGGGCGGAUACGCGAGGGAUAUACGGGAAGACAAGGAGCGGUUAUGAGAGUUCGAUGACCAGCGGCGCGCGGACCAUCGACGCUACCAUGGACUACCUGCAGACGUGCCUCAUCUUUUACCUGCUGAUCCUCUGCUUCUGCGGCGGACGCUCUAUAGACAUAUCACAAUGCAUCGCACCCCUGGGGAUGGAGUCGGGCGCGAUUCCCGAUACGGACAUCACUGCGAGCUCCAGCUUCGACAGCGGAAACGUCGGGCCGCAUCACGGACGACUGAAGCAGGAAAGCCACGGCGGUGCCUGGUGUCCGAAGCAGCAGAUCACGACGGAGCCGCGCGAGUGGCUGGAAAUCGAUCUUCACACGGUGCACAUGAUCACCGCGACCGGCACGCAGGGCCGCUUCGGUAACGGCCAGGGCGCCGAGUUCUCCGAGGCGUACCUGCUCGAGUACUGGCGGCCGAAGCUGGGGAAAUGGGUACGCUACCGGGACUUUAGCGGUGAAGAGGUGAUCGAAGGUAAUAGCAACACCUACCUGGAAUCGAAGCACGAACUGCAGCCACCGAUAUUGGCGACCAAAAUUCGUUUCCUACCCUACAGCUACCACCGUCGCACCGUUUGCAUGCGCGUCGAGCUCUACGGUUGCCCGUGGAACGACGGCAUCGUCUCGUAUUCGAUGCCGCAGGGUGACAAGCGCAACAAUUGGGAGUUCUUCGACGUGACUUACGACGGUUAUUGGGACGAACAGCUACUGCGCGGUCUGGGCCAAUUGACGGACGGCAAGAACGGGCCGGACAACUUCAAGAUGAGUUAUUACGACGAGAAAGGUCAGGGCUGGGUCGGCUGGAAGAACGACACCAAGUCCGGCCACCCGCUCGAGAUCAAAUUCGAAUUCGACCACGUGCGCGAGUUCUCGGCCGUUCAUAUCUACUGCAACAAUCAGUUCACCAAGGACGUGCAGGUCUUCUCGGAGGUCAGCGUCAUGUUCAGCAUCGGCGGCGAGUACUACACGGGCGAUCCGAUCGUCUACUCUUACAUGGAGGACAGGAUCUUCGAGCACUCGCGAAACGUCACGGUGAAGCUGCACCACCGGAUCGGCAAGUUCGUCAAGCUGAGGUUCACCUUCGCCUCACGCUGGAUCAUGAUCAGCGAGGUCACCUUCGACUCCGACAUCGCUCACGGUAACUUCACCCCGGAAUCACCGCCGACGACGGAGGCCCCGCGACCGCGGGACCGAACUUCGACCCGCGACAAUCCGCUGCAGGCCGAAGUUCCGGUGGCUAAGCAGGACGAUCCGACUUACAUGGCCGUGAUCAUCGGCAUCUUGACCGCGGUGAUACUGCUGUUGGCGGUCGCCAUAUUCCUAAUAGUCACGCGUCACCGGCAGCGGAAGAACUUUGCCAGCCCGCUCGGCGCCAAGAGCGCGAUCCCGUCCGGCAAUCAUCAGCAUCUGUCGCCGGAAUCCGCCUACGGCACCACCGAGAAGGAUCCCUCGCUGAUGACCUACAGGGUCGAGGAGCUCGACGACCGGUACGCCGGCACGAAGCUCACCACCCUCCCGCGCGAUCUCAACGAUCGUCUCUUGGGUGACGUCAGGCUCGACGAGUACCAAGAGCCCUUCCACGAGAACAAGUAUCGGGAGUCCCCGCACACGGCGUAUUACGGAUACAGCACGGUUGUCAUAGACAACAAGGACCUCCACGACAACGUCGAACAGUCUGAUGCUACUUAUGAUUACGCAGUACCAAUGCCCGUGCCUAGCGUAAGCAGCGAUCAGGACAGCGUGUUCUCGAAAUCGUCCUCCAGGGGUAGCGCAAAGGCGUGCUUGCAGAGCUUUUUCCCGCCGCCGCCGCCCCCGAUGAGCGCGCCGCCCCCCCGAGGCUCCAGCAACCUGACGUACUCGAACCCGCCGAGUCCGGAACCAGUUUGCGAGCGAGAACGUCGAGGUAGUAAGCGCCGCGAGCACUCCUUGCACAGAUACGCGUAAGGGCUGCUGCUCGCAGCCCGCGGGACACUCGACGUAAGAAGAAAAAGAAGAAGAAGAGAAAGAAGCCGGCGUACGGAUCGAAGGUACGGUGGAUACUUCGUUACACAGCGAAAGAGAAAGAGAGAGGGAGAGAGUAGCGAGGGAGAUCGCGUGAUCGAGCGAGCACUCCGAGCGCGAUCUUCCGACUCCGGAAUUCUGUUCCACUUCUCGCUCUCCGCCGGCGAACGCUGCCCGAGAAGACCCGCGUGAAAUCGCGAUCGCGCCCGGAAUCGACACGCUUAACGAACCGGUGUCCUCGUGGCGCGCGAACGGGGAAAAACUCAAGUUCCUCCUCUUCCUUGUCGAAUCACACUCCGCUUUCGUCGCGUCUGCGCGGAGAAAGGGGUUUCUUUGGAUUGAAAAACAGUUCCUUCAAUCGUAACAAAAUUGCCCUUUGGAAUGGAGCGAACAAACGAGCGGUUUGAUUCAACAAA